AUGUUUGUAUGACUUUUUGUUGAACUUAUACACGUUUUUGAAGAAAACUACUAGGUGUAAAUUUUGAAAGUAGGUCCUUUCGAUUCAUUCUCUCCAUUACAGACCAAAACAACAGGUUUUUCACAUCAGAUUGUCAGUGUGGUGUGUUAUUUCAAAGAUAUCAACGUCCACAGCUACAUCCAAAAUAGUUAUUUUUUGCCUUUUUUGUGCAUUGCUACAUUGUGUGUCAUACGAGUUGAAUCGAGACUCUGAUUAACUUUACACAAAUAGCAUGAAUUCCUUAUCUCUUACCUUGAUAUUAAUCGUUUUGUUUUAUUUGUACAGACAUAAAAACAAGUAAAUUUUACGUUUUUUCUCAAAGUUUCAUUAUAUUUGAACGAUGUCUGAGUUGGAUUCGACGCUUUACUUAUUGCCGAAUUCACCUUCGACCUAUCGAUUGUAUCGACGUCGAUUCUAUGUUAUCUCAGUCUUCGGUUUGCUUACUUUCAAUCAAUCUCUGUUCUGGCUUACAUUUUCUCCAAUUGCUAGAAAUGUAAAACUCUAUUAUAAUACUACCGAAUCGACGAUCGAUUUGUUACUCAAUUGAGGAAAUAUUAUUUGUAUACCAACCUUUCCUAUGGCCUAUCUUCUAUUAAACAAACCACAUCGACUUCGACUAUCUAUGAUUCUGUUCGCUGUCACAUGUGUUGCAGCCACUUUUCUACGCAUCAUUCCAUCAAUCAUUAGUUCAUCGUCAGAUCACCAUUUUAGUCUGAUUCCAGUACCAUUUUUGCAUGCUGGUCAGGUACUUCUUGCAGCUUGUGCUCCAUUGGUACAAGUGCCCGUGUCGCAACUGUCUUGCAUUUGAUUCGAUUCAAAUGAAAGAACACGCUCAACUACAUUUGCUCUUGCAAUCAACAACUUUGGUAUAGCUGCUGGCUUUGUCAUUAGUCCAUUCAUAAUCGAUACACCUGAGCAUGUUCCUCGUCUUCUUUACGUUCACUUAGGUCUUGCCAUUCUUAGCUGUAUCCUAACUCUUGUCUAUUUUCCAUGGCAUCCACCAAAACCUCCGUCACCAGCUGCUGAGCGGCUCAUUUCCUAUUCAUUUAGUGACAGUAAUGGUAAUUCUCUGCGUAGUUUUAUGAAGGAUCUUUGGCGAUGUAUGAGAUCAUCGUCAUUCAUGAUUCUUUCUGCCGUAGGUGGUUUAUUGACAGGUACAUUUAAUGUGUGGACAGACCUUUACGAUAUCAUUCUUGCCCCCGAGAAAUAUACAGAACAACAAGCAGGUCGAAAAAUGAGGAUGUAGCAGUAAAAUGACUUUUCUACUUCUCUUAGGAUGGUUUGGCUUUGGCUCAACUGUAGCCGGCAUUAUUGGUAGCUUCUGUGUAGGUGCUCUUUCUGAUACACGUCGCUUUCAGCGUUCAGUUGAAAUAUUUAUGAUCGCCUCACUUAUUGGCUGUAUUCUUUCCAUUAUCUGGUUUGAACUUUGUGUUCACACAACAUUUUUCGAGAAACCUAUUCUUUCAUCCACUCCUAUCUCCAUUGGACUGUCAACUGCGCUUGCUGGCUUUUUUCAAGGAGCAUCAACGCCAUUGAUCUAUGAAGCUCUUGCUGAAACUAUGUUUCCACUACCUGAAGCAAUCUCAGCACUAGCUAUCAAUCAAUGGAACAAUUUUUCAUCUCUUGUUCUCCUUUUUGUUGCACCAAAUCAAGAUAAACUUAUGAAUUUACUUGUAUUGAUAGUCGUUGGUGCUUGUAUUUUAAUGGUUUGUGUAUCACUAGUACUCUACGAAAGGCGGUAUGAAAAUCAAAGAAAACUGUUCGGCAAGCAACAAGAAGUAUUGAAUGAUGAUGAUAAUUCAAGUACAUGUGUUGAUACAGCCAUUCACCAAUCGAAACUUGAAACUUAG